AACUCUUAAUCGUCUCUCAGAUGUUUCCAAAUCACUUUUUAUACAAAUUUCGUACAGCGCACUCAAAAUAAAAACAUCUUGUUCGAUAUUUUAUGGUUCCACAAAGAAUUGGGCUUUUGACCACAAAACGUCAAUUACCGGAACAAUAUUAAAAAAAAAAGAAAACACCCGCUGUCGUAAAAGAGAAAAAAUACACAUGCAUAUUCCCUAGAAAAAAUCAAAAAUCUUUUAUCAAAAUUUUACCAUAAGACAUAGUAGCUCAGUCAACAAAAAUUGAUGCGCAAGCAAAGAAAGUUUGCGCCCUGUCCUGCCAACCAAAUCAGUCAGGUUAGCCACAUCCCUGCCUACGGUAUGUGCAAAGAGGUCCCUCAUCCAGUGUACUUCGUCACCAGAUAGCCAUAAUGAUGUGGACCAGAACGAGGCUUGCCCUGCGCAGCAUUGCUAGAUCCCAAAGCUUGAACGGUAAGCGCACCAGGAUGAAGGAGCAGCUGUCGGCGAAGCAGCACGAGCGCAACGAGAAGAAGAAGAAGAAGCUGGCGGCGCUGGCGAACCUGAUGGAGCUCAACGACCGCGAUCGCCUGCACGAGGCGGAGCUGGCCAAGAAGCGGGAUGCGGAGGAGGCCGAGGUGGAGGAGAAGUCCCCUGCGAAGGCGGAGGACGAGGACGACGGCUUCAUCAAGGUGGGCAGCAAGCGGAAGUCCCGCAACCGCCACACAGCCCGCAGCAAUGACGAGCAGGAGGCGGAAGCUGAAGGAGCGCCAGACAAUGGGGCCAACUCCGACGAGCCAGUGGCCAAGAAAACCCGCAACCACGAGGCAGGAGGCGAUAGCCUGCCCCAGGAGAUCUGCACCCUGUCCGAAGAGCAGUACAAACAGCUGUCGGCGGAGCUAAGGCGCCGCAAGAGGCAGCUCGAGGAUGUUCCCGGCCUGAGGCUGCGGGAGAUGGGCCAGCGCGCCUCCCUGGAGACGCCACAACAUGCACGCACGCCCAUCUUCCUCGCCGACAUCCAGCACCUGCUGAUGUCCGCCCUCAUUGGCCAGAAGAGCCCCUGCCGACCGGAUCGGUGGUGCAGCGUGGAGAAGUGGCUCAGCCUGUCGCACAGCGUGGUGGUCAUACUGGAGGGGCUGUCGCUCUACCACUACCUAACCAACGAGAGCCUCUUCAAGGCCACCAACAAGAUAUUCAAUACCAAGCUGGAGAUGCUGCUGCCAUCGCGUGAUGACGCUCAGAUCAUCGACGAGAUAGCCAAGAUACCCCUUACCAAUGUGCAGGCUCGCCAGCUCAUAGACGAACACGGUUCCCUUGAGUCCGCUGUGGAGCUGAACAAAGAUCCCACCCUGUUCGUAAAGACCAUCUUCCCGAUUGAAAGCAAAGAACCCGUGCCGGAGGAUCUGCAUGAGGAUGACAAAUUCCCACGCACCAAACUCUUGCUUUCCGCCCUUCAAAUGGUCGACGAGGGCUAUCCGAUCCCGAUGCAGGGCGAGCUGCACAAUCGCUUCAGGAGCUUCAAGUUCACCAAGCAAUCGUAUGCGCCGGUGACCAAUCGCAGCCCCAUGUUUGGCGUGGAUUGUGAGAUGUGUCAAACGGUGGCGGGCAUGAAUGAGCUAACGCGAAUUUCCAUUGUCAACGAAAGCUACCAGACCGUGUACGAAACGCUGGUGAUGCCUAAAAACCGGAUCACCGACUACCUGACCCAGUACUCGGGCAUCACUGAGGAAAUUAUGAGAAAGGUGACCAAGACACUGAAGGAAGUGCAGAGAGAAGUGUCCGAAUUACUGCCCCCUGAUGCCAUCCUGGUGGGGCAGUCCCUCAACUCUGAUCUGAACGCCAUGCGAAUGAUGCACCCGUACGUAAUAGACACCAGUGUCUGUUUCAACAUAAGCGGCGUGCGUCGACGAAAGAGCAAACUGAAGCACCUGGCCAUGACCUUCCUGAAGGAAAUUAUCCAGGAGAACGACUUUGGCCACGACUCCAUUGAGGAUUCGCGAGCCACGCUGAAGCUCGUCAAGAUGAAGCUGGCCAACAGCAUAGAGUUCGGCGAUGAGAUCCUCACGCAGCAGAAGCGAUUGCAGCAGCUGGCGAACGCCUGCAGCGGCGACACCAUUAGCAAUAACCUAUUUGCCCAUGCGGCCAAGCGGGACAAGAGGACGGCCAUCGUCACGGUCGGCGACUUGCAGCCCCGUCUCAAGAAUGUCAUCCAAAAGGCAGAAGAGGCAGCUCCCAAGGAUAACAGCAGGGCGGUGCACGUCCACGAGGUUUCCUCGUCCAAGGAAGCCGUUCGCAAGGUCACGGAAGUUGCAUUGGAAAACGCCCUGACCAUUGCCAAUCUUCGCGUGCCAGAGCAGGACUUUGUGUUGGAAAGCGCGGAGAAAAAUGUCGCCAAACUAGAUAAGACCAUCGAGCGCCUCUGGAAUUCGGUUGCGCACAACGGACUCUUCCUUGUGCUCAUGGGCGGAGCCACAGAUUGCUCCAAGGGCUUGGCCAAGAUAGCUAUUAAGCGCCUCAACGGAUCGGAACAGACUAGUGCGCCCAUCGGCAGUUAGGAAGUGUAUGAGAAUGUGUCUCCUGUUGUUAACUUCCUCUAACCGAGAAUCUGUCUCCUGUUGUUGACCUCCUAGCCGAGAGUGUCCCCUGUUAUCAACGUUUUCUAGCCGAUUCCAUUUGACAGUGGGUCAUACUCCCGAAUAACCCUUCCGGUUUCUAGUGUACCCGAUGGCCAGUCGGAGUCCCAAAGCGGAGUUAAAUUUGCCGUAUCAUCCCCAAGACAUGACCAACAAUUGUUUCACCUCACAACUCAAGAAUAUUGUAAAAUUAAAAAAAGUCCUUCAAAUAAAAUGUACAUUUAUUUUUUCACAAAAA